AUGCUCAUAUCAGUCGAUAAUGGACCUGGUCGAUAUAGUGGUCGCCUUACCAUGAAAAAGGACUCCAAAUAUGAAGAUUCCAGGACGCCAUUCUCCAUGAGUUCAGUGAAGGCCAUCCUUAUUUCACUUGCUCUCGCAUUCCUUCUUCUGUGUAUUUGGUUCUGGCCCCGGCAGCAAACACUGAUUUACAACUACUAUAAUUCCAGUGAAGGGGAAAAUAUUAAUAGUCAGGCUGUGUUUCCUCAUCAUGCUGCACCACUGAAGUUUUACAGCCAAGAUGAAUCCUUGGUCAACCUUCUAGGAAACCUAACCUUCAAGAAUUAUGGUAUUGUUAAGAGUACUGAUCAUUACGUAUGGCAACAGAUUCCUUGCCAUUACUUGGAGGCACAGAAUGUGUCAGGUCCGUAUUUGGCCUGGGCAGACGUAAAGCAAGCUAACUAUUUGUUCCAUGAUGUAUCAGGUGAUAUGACUCACCCUGCAUCUGGAAUGAGGAGUAGUAUACCACUAGGAG